AUGGGAAAGACGGAUGAACCCCCUGCGUACGACGCCAAAACGAACAGCCAGCCUCAGUCCUCCGCUAAGAGCGGCGCUGACCGCCCUUUGCCGGACGGUUGGGUGAAGCAGUGGGACAGCAACUACAACCAGUACUUUUACGUGAACACGCGCGAGACGCCCCCUCGCUCGACUUGGAUCCACCCGGAGGACGAGGGCAACAAGUAUGCUGCUCCGUCGGGUGCGCCGCCGGGCCAGCACGGCAGCGGUGAGAACCGCAACUAUGGCGGUGCUCCUCAGCAGCCGUAUCCCCAGCAGAUGCCUCCGCCGAUGCAGUCCUACCAGCAGCAGCCCAUGAUGAUGCAGCAGCCUAUGAUGCAGCAGCCCAUGAUGCAGCAGCCCAUGAUGGGCGGCGGCGGCGGCGGCUUGUUUAACCGCUUCGGUGGCGGCGGCCUCGGCGGCGGCCUCGGCGGCGGCCGCAUGGGCGGCGGCAUGGGCGGCAUGGGCGCCGGUCUGCUCGGUGGUGGUGCCGGUAUGCUCGGUGGUAUGGCGCUGAUGAACGGCAUGGACCACAUGGAGCAUGACGCGUACCAGGAUGGCUACAUGCAGGGCCAGAUGAACGACGACAUGGGCGGUGGUGGUGACAUGGGCGGUGGUGACAUGGGCGGCGAUAUGGGCGGCGGUGACUUCUAA